AUGGCAUCGGAACCCGGCCCGGACGACGGAGGAGGGCAAUUUGGCUGCCCUCAGCAUUUGAUCCUAGUAUCCAAGUUCCACGACGAGCUGGACUCGCUCGACUUCCACAACUACGGCUUGAUCAGCGAGACCGGGCUUUACGUGCACUUCCGUUCCGUCGACGACUACGACUAUAAAUUCGACGGCGAGAUGCGCUUGUGGCCUUUGGCGCUUAAGUAUUUCGGGUCGUUCGGCUACUGCCACUGCAACUACGACCACGAUAUCAUCGGCCGGGUUGUGGGCACAAUCCUGUUCGCGACCAUGACUACGAAUCCGGUGGCGAACCGCACGUGCAGUCUCGCCCGUCCACUACAACUUCGACUAUCAGAGUUUGCCUCGGCGCCUGCGAACUCGGUCUCGCUCGACUUGCUGUACGUGCAGUUCCGUCCGCUUUCGACAACCCCCAACUCGCUCUCGUUCGUCUACUACAACUUCGACUCGACCGGCGGGCUGUACGACAAAGAACACCUAGUCCAUCGACUACUUGUACAACUAGACUAUGAACUCAGCAUCAAGUCAUUCGUGCAGGCCGGUCGGGCCCCAAUUCGGUCGAGUAAAGACCUUGAUGAAGUCCUGGUGGGCGGGCCACGAGCUCGGCCGGGGAAAGAUCUUGACGAAGUCCUGGUCGAGGUGAUCCACCACGGACUGCGCGGAUCAAGCCGCUCGGCUACUCCGAGACUAUGGGCUUUGUGUAUCCGGCCGACCGGGAAGUCGCUGACAUAUUUGGUAGACCUGAGCACCGACGAGCAGUACAAGUACGAGGGCAAGCUGCCGCGCAGCAUGGCGCACUUCCCGCGGCGAGUGAGCGAGUUCGUCGACAUCUUUUUCCCCGCACGUCCAUGGUAUGUGCAUCUGGUGCUCGAUCCUACUGGUGCUGAUGAAUCUGAUGAUCGAGGCGUGGUUCUUCCUGACGAGCGCCCUCACACGCUAGUAGUGAACGAAUAUCGUGCUGACGAGUUCGACUUGCGCGUGUAUGCCGGUAUCAACUACUACAUGCACGUCAACAAGAAGAUGGACAUCUACUAUCUCAGCAUCCUUAACAGCAAGAAAAACGACAAGCUGAACGAGUACAUCAACCUGCUCGGAAUGAAGGACAUGGCGGACCAGAUCGUUGAUGGCAGCUGGCAGUUGAAGCGGCUGAAGGCUGGCGAGGAGUUUGAGGCGUUCGACGAUUUCGUGAGGCACUACAAGUGCUAUGGCAAGUCCAUCAUCAAGGCCACGGCCAACACGUUCGUGGGCUCCAUCUUUCUACGCUCUUCACCAAUGCGCAAUGUGUUCACCCCUCCUGUUCUGAACCACGUCGUCAUGAGACUGUGGCUUGGCGUGUUCUUCGCAUCACGCCUUGCGAACACCACCAUGCUACCCCACAUGCACUUCUACAUCGAGUUGAUCGAUAUCCGACUGGCGGUGUCCAAGGCCGUGGACAUCUCCAACCUCUUUUCGCGGAUGUCGACAAAGUGCUGCGGUUUAUUUAUGAUAGUCGGCUAUCUACACCCGGUACUGCGGGGGUACGACCCAUCAGGGUUGCUGCCUUUGCCGGACUCGCGUGCGUCUGCUAUCAGGAAUUUCGUGUACCUUGAGAAGGAGCAGACUACGGCGAUGUUUUACAGCAAUCGCUCUCUUAACCCCAUCCGUGACUCGCUGAAAGACUUGUACGUGUGA